AUGAGACUUCAAAUGAUANNNNCUCGCUGGUAUGAAUGGCUUGAUCCGUCGGUGAGAGAGACGGAAUGGUCUCGAGAUGAGGAGGCACGUCUGCUGCAUCUGCCCAAGAUAUUCCCUGGUCAAUGGCGAACCAUAGCGCAGACUGUUGGUCGAACUGCUCAUCAGUGCCUGGAGCAUUAUGAGAGGCUUUUGGACCGCGCACAAGGACGGGAUGAAGAUGAUGAAAAUGACCCCAGGAAGCUCCGGCCUGGCGAGAUAGACCCGAAUCCGGAGAUCCGACCAGCUAAGGCGGACCCGAUCGAUAUGGACGACGAUGAGAAGGAGAUGUUACAGGAGGCACGAGCAAGGCUUGCGAAUGUUAGGGGAAAGAAGGCGAAGCGAAAGGCGAGAGAGAAGGCUAUGGAUGAUACUAGAAGGUUGGCUAAGAUACAGAAGAGAAGGGAGAUGCAAGCUGCUGGCAUUAGAGUCUCCCGUUAUCGUAAGAGGAAGUUUGGUAUUGACUACGGUCAGGAAAUCCCCUUCGAGACGGUUCCCAUGCUCGGCGAUCAUAUUCCUGGUCCUGAGGAAACCCCUAAACCAAAUUUUGAUUUUCGUGGUAUGACGCUAUCCCAGCUGGAUAUGAGGACGAGGAAGCAGGAGGAGAUGAGGAAUAAAAGGGAUGAUGAGAAGAAGAUCAAGAGGAUUAAGGAGAGACAGUUGCCUAAGGCGUUAGAGAUGGCUAACGAUCUCAACGAUGCGGCUACAGUGAGGAAUGUCUCAAGUCUGUCGCUGCCGGCGCCACAGCUUUCCGAUACGCAACUAAUGGACAUUGUUCGGGCUGGCACGGUAGGCGGUACGGGAAGUGGUAGCGGAGAGGUUACUGAUGGUCUGGUGGCGAACUCUGCGGACAUCGCGAUGAUGCAGUCAGUGGUGGAGACCCCUGCUGGGGAGAAGGCUGGAGGGGGGACGGAUGUUGUAUUUGAGGAAGCGAGGAAUGCGGUGAUGAGGAACUCUAUGAUGACGCCGUUGGAGGGGGAGGAGAACCCACAGAUGAUGCCGGGCUCGAAGUUUGAGGGUCUUACGCCAAAUAUGGGGAAUGUGGCGACUCCAAACCUCCUGGCUGAUCGACUGAAUAGUGUGAGAGAAUCGAAGCUCCAACAGACUCCCUUAGGAGGUCGCGCUACCCCUAGUGGAGUGGAGCUUGAGGGAAGCCGUAGGCGGGGGGAGAAGAAGGAGAGGAGUACUGUGGAUGAGCUGUUGAAAGCGUUACCUGAGCCUGAGAUGGAAGUGACCGCGAGUUUGCCUGAAGGGAUGGAUUUGGAGAAGGACGAGGAGGGUGUGGUUCGGCCUUCUUAUGGUCGAAAUUUCGUCCCGGAAGUAGCAGAUGCGGGGGAUUUGGAUGCUAGAAGGAAGCGAGAGGCAUUGGAAAGGGAGAAGGAGGAGGAGAUAAAGAAGUGUCCGGCAUUGCAGCAGAAGUUGCCUCGAAACGUUGUGGUACCAACGACGGUGGACAUGAUUACGAGGAGUGAUGAUAUGGUGAAGGGAGAUCUUGGAGAUGCUGAGGAGAUAACGGCCGACAUGCUGGCGAGGGUUAGAGAUGAGUUGGAUGCGGAAUAUGUGGCGUUAUUGUAUCGUGAUGAGAAGAAGUACCCUGGGAAGGGCAUCCGGCCGCCUACUACCAACCCGAAUCGGGAUGUGCUGCGGAGGUCUGGACAGGAGUUCAGCGCUAAGGAGAUUGCUUGGGCUCGCAAGGCGGUGGCUGCUGAAGCACAGGAGAGCUUGAAGGAGGGCAAGCCGCUCGUGAGUGGAUUUCCGACUGGGGAGAGGGAGGUACAGGACAUGAUGUCGAAACUGGAAGAAGAUGCGGUCUUCGGAUAUGUGCCGUCAGAGAAGAGGUAUCGGCAAGUGAGGGACUCGUCGACACUGAAGAGUACUCUGUCGUUGCACGAGGAAGUCCAGAGGCUACAGGAUGAGGUGGAGUAUAUGCAGACGAAGCUGUUGGGGAAGGAGGUUAAGAAACGCGACAAGAUGGUUGGAAAGAUCAAUAAACUCACUCUGGGUCACCAGAGUCAAUACCAACAGUUGGUGGACAGCUGCCCACAUGAGUGGGAGCAAAUUGUCGAGCUUAGCAUUCAACGCGAUACGCUGGGCACCAUGCAGAUAACUGAGGAGGCGGGGGCGCUUAGUAGACGCCAAAAGCUGACGGAUACUGUGGCUGAGGAGAAGAGACGCAAUAGGAUGCUGCACUCGAGGUAUCGUGAAGUUGCAGAGCUCCGACAGCGACUCCUGUCCAGCGUCCCUGGUUUGAGAUGAGUCUAUUUCCCGUGUACGA